AUGGCAACUACAAGUGAACCUCCCAAGACUGCCAAACGUGAUGCCCUCCGUGCACUCGAAGGCAAAGUGCGUACCUUUUGGGACGAGACCAAGGCUUUUGAAAUCGAUGCACCUACGAUCGAAGAGCAUGCCAACAGCAACGACUUGCACGAGGCUUAUCCCAAGUACAUGGCCUGUAUGCCCUACCCUUACAUGAACGGUCGUUUGCAUUUGGGACACGCGUUCACCAUGUCCAAGACCGAGUUUGCCGUUGCUUACGAAAGAAUGAAGGGCAAGCGUGCUCUUUUCCCUCAAGGUUUCCAUGUCACUGGUAUGCCCAUCAAGGCAUGUGCUGACAAGCUUACUCGUGAAAUGGCCAUGUUCGGAAAGACCUUUGAAUUGUAUGAUGAGGCAGCCCUUGCUGAGGAAAUGGAUGUCAAGGCUCAAGUGAACAAGAAUGUCAAGAGCAAGGUGGCUGCAAAGACCGGCAAUGUGACAUACCAGUUUCAAAUCAUGGAACAGCUUGGUAUCCCUCGUGAGGAGAUUAGCAAGUUUGCCGAUCCUUGGUACUGGACAAAGUACUUUCCCCCUCUUGCUAUGAAGGAUAUCGAUGCUUUUGGUGGCAAGGUCGAUUGGCGCCGUACUUUUAUCACCACCGAUGCCAACCCCUACUAUGAUUCGUUCGUUUGCUGGCAAAUGCGUAAGCUCAAGGCUUUGAACAAGAUCAAGUUUGGUGAACGUUAUACCAUCUAUUCCAUCGUUGAUCAACAACCCUGUAUGGAUCACGAUCGUCAAUCCGGUGAAGGUCUUGGCCCUCAAGAAUACACUGGUAUCAAGAUGACCGUUCUCGACUGGUCCGACAAGGCUAAGGAGGUGCUUGGUCAAGUUGAAGCUCUCAAGGAUAUGAAGGUUCACAUGGUCGCCGCCACCCUUCGUCCUGAAACCAUGUAUGGUCAAACCAACUGCUUCGUUGGUCCCGAGAUCGACUAUGGUGUCUACAAGGUCAAUGACAAGGAGGCUUUCUUGUGCACUGAACGCGCUGCUCGCAACAUGUCCCAUCAAAAGAUCUUUGCCGAGGAAGGUGUCAUCAACAAGCUUGCCGAGAUCAAGGGUGCUGAUAUUGUUGGUACCAAGAUCCAUGCCCCAUUGAGUACCUAUGACCACGUUUACGUCUUGCCCAUGGAAAAUGUGCUUCCUACUAAGGGUACUGGUGUUGUUACCUCUGUUCCUUCCGAUUCUCCUGAUGAUUUCGCCACUGUGUCCGAUCUCAAGAAGAAGUCAGCUUAUUACAACAUCCAACCUGAAUGGAUUGCCGAUUAUGAGCCUAUUCCUAUCAUCGAGACACCCACCUAUGGCAACUUGAUUGCUCCCACCCUCUGCAAGCAAAAGAAGAUCAACUCGCAAAAGGAUCGUGUUCAACUUGCCGAAGCCAAGGAGAUUGCAUACAAGGAAGGUUUCUACAUGGGUACUAUGGUCAUUGGCAAGUACAAGGGCUUGAAGGUGCAAGAAGCUAAGCCCAAGAUCAGAGAGGAACUUGUUCAAUCGGGUGAAGCUUUCGUGUACAGUGAACCUGAAGGUCUUAUCAUGUCGCGUUCUGGUGAUGAAUGUAUCGUUGCCUUGUUGGAUCAGUGGUACUUGGAUUAUGGUGAAGCUGAAUGGAAGGCUUUGACUGAAAAGUGCUUGGGACAAAUGAACACCUUCAACAACGAGACCCGCAACCAAUUCCAAGGAACUCUCGAUUGGCUCAACCAAUGGGCUUGUGCACGUAGCUUCGGUCUUGGUAGCAAGUUGCCAUGGGAUCCUCAAUUCCUUGUCGAGUCCUUGUCUGAUUCCACCAUUUACAUGGCUUACUACACUGUUGCCCAUUUGUUGCACCAAGGUUCUCUUGAUGGUACCACUGUGGGCCCUGCCAACAUUCGUGCUGAGCAAAUGAAGGAUGGUGUUUGGGAUUACAUUUUCAAGCUUGGUCCUUUCCCUGAGGACACUGAUAUUCCAAAGGCUACUCUUGACAAGCUUCGUCGUGAAUUUGAAUACUUCUAUCCUCUCGAUUGUCGUAUGUCUGGCAAGGAUUUGGUGCCUAACCAUUUGACUUUCUUCUUGUACAACCACACUGCCAUGUUCCCUGAAGAAUUCUGGCCACGUGGUGUUCGUUCCAAUGGCCAUUUGUUGCUCGACUCCAAGAAGAUGUCAAAGUCCACUGGCAACUUCAUGACCAUGUCCGAUGCUAUUGAAAAGUAUGGUGCUGACGCUACUCGUUUCGCCCUUGCUGAUGCCGGUGACACUAUUGAAGACGCCAACUUUGAGGAUAGCACUGCCAACGCUGCCAUUUUGCGUUUGUACACUUUGCUUGAAUGGUGCGAGGAGCAAAUCACCAAGGUUGACAAGUUGCGUACCGGCGAGUUCAACUUUUACGACCGCGUGUUUGAGAAUGAAUUGAACAAGCUUGUGCGUUUGACCGAUGAGGCUUAUGCUGCCACCAACUACCGUGAAGCUCUCAAGUAUGGUGUCUUUGAAUUCCAAGCUGCACGUGAUCAUUAUCAACAAGCUUGUUUGGAAGUUGGUAUGCACAAGGAUCUUGUUUUGCGAUACAUUGAGAUGCAAACCUUGACAUUGACACCCGUGUGCCCCCACUGGUCUGAACAUGUCUGGCGCGAUCUUCUCAAAAAGGAGGGUACUGUUACCAGCGUGUUGUUCCCACAACCCACUGCCCCUGUGGACGAUUCCAUUUUGGCUGCUGCCGAGUAUGUGCGUCGCACCAUCAAGUCCAUUCGUGAUACCGAGUUGAGCUUGCAAAAGAAAAAGAAAAAGGGCAAAGACGUCAAGUCCGAUUACAACCCCAAUGCACCAAAGUCCAUCAAGAUCUUUGUUGCUAACAAGUUCCCUGAAUGGCAAGAACAAGUCUUGGCUAUUGCCAAGGAGCAUUACGAUGAGGCCACUGGUAAAUUCGAUGAUGUCAAGAUCCGCCAAGAAUUGGGUUCCAAGGGUAUGCUCAAGGACAAGAAGGUGAUGCCAUUCUUGCAAGCUGAGAAGAGACAAAUCGAGAAUGUUGGCCCAUCAGGUUUCAACCGUGCAUUGAAGUUCAAUGAAAUCGAGACACUCAACACGUGCGUUCGUGAAAUCCAACGGGCGCUUGGUUUCCAGACCAUUCACAUUAUCAAGGUCGAUGAAUGCGCCGAAGAAGAUUCCAAGGCUGCUGAUACCUCAGUACCUGGUGUGCCCUCUUUCUCUUUCAAGAACGAGUAG